AGGCUUGCCAUUGCAUAUACCAGUGACUGACAAAAUGUUUCUUUUCUCUUCCUUUUUGUUGAUUAAGCUUUCACGAACUUGGAAUAAGAGUGCUUGCAAGAUACGGCAAGUAGUGAGAGUCCUGUUGGUUUAGUGUAAUAGAGGAUGCCGUACAACAGACAAGCUGAAAUGUGCCUCCAGAGUCAUAACACCGUCCUCUAUGGCGGCCAUCAGCAAGGACAUGUCAGUGUCCUUCCACAUAACUUCUAGAUGAACGGCUUCGCUCAACUCACCCCCACCCAGUGUGCAGUCCAGCUUGCUGCCUGUGGGUUCCUGCCUUUGACAGAAAGCUGACACACGUGGGCCAGAGACACCAUUCACAGUCAGUGAAUGACCAACAGCCAUUAUCUUGUGUUUGCUCAUCUUGUCAUAGACGCCUCUCGUGAUUCCCAAAGGACUUUGAUGGAGAACAUUUCAGAGGUGGUGGAAUUCAUUCUUGUGGGGCUCACAGAUGCCCUGGAGAUGCAGGUCCCUUUGUUUACCAUCUUCACUAUCAUUUACCUCAUCAUUCUGGUUGGGAACGUUGGAAUGAUCGUGUUGAUUCUGUUGGACUCUCGUCUCCACACUCCCAUGUACUUCUUCCUCAGCAACCUCUCCCUCGUGGACUGCGUUUAUGCCUCGGCUGUCACUCCCAAGGUAAUGGUGGGGUUUCUCACAGGAGAUAAGAUCAUAUCCUACAAUGCAUGUGCUGCACAGAUGUUCUUCUUCUCAGCCUUUGCCACUAUUGAAAGUUUCCUUCUGGCCUCAAUGGCCUUUGACCGCCAUGCAGCCGUGUGCAAACCUUUGCGUUACACCACCACCAUGACAAGUGCUAUGUGUACCUUACUGGCCACUGGAUCCUACAUCUGUGGACUCUUGCAGUCUUCCAUCCAUGUUGUUUUCACUUUCCACCUCUCUUUCUGUCAUUCCAAUGUAAUUAAUCACUUUUUCUGUGACAUUCCCCCAAUGCUGUCUCUCUCUUGCUCUGAUAUCUACAUGAAUGAGAUUGUGCUCUUCACACUGGCAGCAUUCAAUGUCUUUUUCACCCUCUUGGUUAUCUUGAACUCUUAUCUGUUCAUUUUUAUUGCUAUCCUGAGGAUGCGCUCAGCUCAGGUGCAGAAGAAGGCUUUCUCCACCUGUGCAUCCCACCUUACCACUGUUUCCAUCUUCUACGGGACAAUCAUCUUCACGUACUUACAGCCAAGUUCUAGUCAUUCCAUGGACACAGACAAAAUGGCAUCCGUGUUCUACACCAUGGUCAUCCCCAUGCUGAACCCUUUGGUCUACAGCCUAAGGAACAAAGAGGUCAAGGGUGCAUUUCAGAAGGUGGUUGGAAAAGCAAAGUCUUCAUUGGGUUUAGCCUACUAA